AUGCUCAUCAAAAAUAGAAGGCCUAUAACUCUUGCUAAUUGUCUAUACAAGAUACAAUCUAAGGUAAUCAACAAUAGAUUACAGACUAUUCUUCCUGAUAUAAUUAACCCCAAUCAGAAAGGCUUUACUGGAGGCAGAAAAAUUACAGAUAAUACAAUGACUGUAAACGAAAUUAUCAAAUAUUGUAUCAAAAACAAACUACCAGGAAUCAUUACUUUUUAUGAUUUUGAGAAAGCUUUUGACUCUAUAUCUCAUGAUGCCAUUUACAGAACACUAUUACACAUUCAAGUACCAACCAAACUAACUAAUCUUAUUAUGCAACUACUCACCAAUUCCUUUGCAAAAAUAGAAAUAAAUGGUAAAAAUACUGAUAAAUUUAUAAUAGGACGAGGAGUAAAACAAGGAGAUCCUUUAUCACCGACCCUUUAUGUAAUGGUAAUAGAAGCUUUAGCUAGAUCAAUAUUAGAAGAUAAAUCAAUAAUUGGACUUCCUUUAGACAACACAAACAGAAGAAUCAAAUUUCAAGGUUUUGCAGAUGAUUCAUCAUCAAUGGUUCAUAACAACGACCAACUUAAUUUGGUACUUCAACACUUCAAUCAAUUUUGCACAGCAACAUCAUCAAAACUAAAUAUAGAUAAAUCAGUUUCAAUAACAAUCAACAACCCAGACACAACAAAUUCAGUUAUUCCAAUAUCAAAUAAACCAGAAAGAUAUUUAGGUUACUACUUCACAGGUACCGGAAUCCAUAGAAAACUACCAGAAAUACUGAAUUCUAUAAGAUCCUCGUUAUCAUUAUGGAAAACAACAAGUAACUCAAUUAAAACAAAAGUAAACAUCCUCAAAUCCUUUGCACUAUCAAGAAUAACAUAUUACUCGUAUAUUGAAGAAUUCAACGAUGAUGAAAUUAAAGAAAUCAAUAAAAUUGCAGAUUGGUUCCUAUCAGCACCUAACAAUAAAAGUCCAAAUGGUUUUAAAGUCUUCAAAUUAAUGAGCUCUAAAAGAGCAAAUUAUCCUAUGGAUCAAGGAGGUUGGAAUCUUUGGAAUAUCAAAAACAGACAAAAAGCACAAAGAUUAUGGAUGAUAAAUCAAAUAAUCAAUAAAAUUGAAACUAACAAAAUAGAAUCAGAAUAUCAACACAGUUGGAAACAUCAAAUAUCAACCAAAACAAUAACUUCAGAUUACCUAUUUAAAAACUACAAUGAUUGGAUACAAAUAAAAGUUAAAAAAGGACUACUAGACGGGUUGAAAUCCAUUAAAAAUAAAGACGGCAAACCUCUUUCUUUAGCAGAAUGGUAUUCGGAAAUAAACAAUCUCAACAGCUUUACACCCAAAACAGAAUUCCAACAAUGUCUUCAACUUACAGGUUAUAGCUAUAUCAACCUAUUCAAUAAUAUACUUAAUAUUAAAGAUCCAAAAUCAAGAAACACUCUAUUCAAAUUCCAAGCAAGAUGCUUACCCAUCAACUUCAUUCACAACAAACCAUGUAGACUAUGUAAUGAAAAUCUUAAUAAUGAUCCAUAUGGUCAUCUAUUUUUCAAAUGUAAAAAAACUCUGAAAUUCAUCAACUUUAAUAAACUAAAAUCAUUUAUAUUCAUUACUUCGGGAAGGGGCCUCAAUUGGUCACUAGACAUAACAAGAUCAAGAAGGAAUAUAUCAAUAAAAAAUAUUACAUACAAAAUCCCAGAAGGUCGCAAAUCCGAUGGAGAAAUAAAUAUGGAUUACAACAACACCAGAUUCCACAAAUCACACUUCCAAUGGAACUAUAAAGCAAUAGAUUUCGACUUAACUAGAUGUUUCGCUUAUAGAAAUGCCAUAGCCCUGAUUACCAGAAAUGCCUGGAUGGCUCAGUAG